CCGGCCCAGGACAGCGCCGGGAGCUCAGGUCGGACGUGGUGGGCUGCAGAUUCCUGCCGCCGCCGCCGCCGCCCGGGAGGGGAGCGAGCCCCGGGCCACCGCCGCCCCCAGCAUGGGGCUCCCCGCGCUGCUGCUCCUUCGCUGCCUGCUGCUGGGCUCGGCGGCGGCGCUGCCCCGGCGGGAGCUGCUCCCCUACGGGGCGCCCCGGGGCGAUCGGCUGCUGCAGGACGGCGACGACGAGACCUCGGCCGUGGUGCCGCUCGGGAAGCCGCUGCUCUUCUACGAGACGCGCUUCAGCCACCUCUAUGUAGGGACCAAUGGGAUCAUCUCCACCCAGGAUUUCCCCAGAGAGACCCAGUACGUGGACGACGACUUCCCCACCGACUUCCCAGCCAUCGCCCCCUUCUUGUCCGAUAUUGACACCAGUGGCGGGAGGGGGAAGAUCUAUUACCGGGAGGAUCAGUCCACCGAGGUACUGGGCCAGGCCGCUCGCCUUAUCCGUGCUGGAUUUCCUAGUGCAGCCGCCACUGCCUUCACGCCCAUCCAUGCCUUCAUCGCCACCUGGGAGAACGUGGGUGCCUAUGAGGAAGUCUCUCGAAACUCGGAGCCCUCUAAGAAGCUGAACACCUUCCAGGCAGUCUUAGCCUAUGAUGACUCCGACACCUACGCCCUUUUCCUUUAUCCCGAUGACGGCCUUCAGUUCUUUGGGACUCGGCCCAAGGAGUCUUACAACGUCCAACUGGAGCUGCCAGCCAGAGUGGGUUUCAGCAGAGGCGAAACUGAUUACCUGAAGAGAGAAGGGCCGUAUUACACUGUCACCAGCAGCGAGCAGUCUGUGAAAAAUCUCUACCAAACAAGCAACUCAGGGAUUCCUGGCGUGUGGGCCUUCCACAUUGGCAGCACCUCCCCGCUGGACAACGUCAUGCCAGCUCAAGUUGGCGAAAAGCCUUCCGUGGGGCAUUCCCGGCAACCUCUGGAGAGCAUGCUCAGCAGUGCCACCUUGGAGCAGAACGUCCUGGAGGCUGACUAUCCUGAGGAGGACACAGACUACGCCGAGCCCUUCUACGACGAGAACGAAGAAGACGACGUUGAGUACCCGACCGAGCUGGUGCCUGAUGUUUACACGAGACUUGAUUUGUACAGCGAGCCAAGACGCUCCGGGGCCAGGCUGGGUUCGGAGCUGGAAUCCACGUUGCCGUAUCCGGCGUCCAGCCGUCACCCGGCCUCUCCUGAAAUGCAUGGGACGAAGGAAGGGCCAUCCCAGGCGCCUCCUGCAUUGGAAGAUGAAGUGGAGUCCUCCCAAGAAACAGGAAUCCGAAACCCGUCCUCACUAGAGACCAAGGACAGCCUGCUGGAGCUAACGACCCAGGGGCUGCCAGCAAACACUGAGCAGGACAAUGUCCAGCCCUACCCAGACAGUGGCACUGUACUGUCCGAGACAGACAUCUUUCCAGUCUACCCACAGGGGGAGGUCAUGCAUCAGGGCUACCCAGAGAACUCCCCUCCCUUUAAUCGUGGGAGGCAGGUAGUUGGUGUGGACGAAGACGGCAGCUUUAACCAGGAGGGGUUCACGUACAAUACCGCCAGCAAGGAAACCUGCGAAUGGAACCACCACCAGUGCUCCCAGCAUGCUUUCUGCACCGACUAUGCCACCGGCUUCUGCUGCCACUGCCAGUCCAAGUUCUAUGGGAACGGCAGACACUGCUUGCCAGAAGGGGCUGCUCACCGUCUCAACGGUAAAGUCAGUGGGAAUCUCCUGGUGGGACAAACGCCUGUACGUUUUAGUGCCGUUGACUUGCAUGCCUACAUCGUUGGAAACGAUGGGAGAGCCUACACGGCCAUUAGCCAUGUCCCUCCGCCGGCAGCUCGGGCGCUCAUGCCGCUGACUCCCAUCGGAGGUCUCUUCGGGUGGCUUUUCGCUCUGGAAAAACCAGGCUACGAGAACGGCUUUAGCGUCACUGGUGCUAAAUUCACCCACAGUUUGGACGUCACCUUCUACCCAGGAGAGGAGAGAGUCCAUAUCACUCAAACAGCUGAUGGCCUGGGGCCAGAAAAUUACCUAAGCAUUAAGACACAUAUUCAGGGCCAGUUGCCUUUUAUUCCAGAGAACUUUACUGUCCACAUUGCACCGUACAAGGAACUUUACCACUACUCUCACUCAGCCGUGACUUCCACAGCUUACCGGCAGUAUUUCCUCACCUUUGGGAGUAUCAACCAGACCUUUGCCUACCAACUGCACCAGAACAUCACCUUCCACGACUGCCCGCCCGCCCGCCACCACAGGGACGUUCCUGCCGUCCAGCAGCUGAGCGUGGAUCGGAUCUUCGCUUUGUACAACGACGAGGAACGGGUCCUGCGCUACGCCAUCACCAACCAGAUUGGUUCCAGAGAAGGUGGCCCCGACUUGAGCACAGCGAACCCCUGUUACGACGGCACCCAUGCGUGUGACACGACAGCGCGGUGCCAGCCAGGCACCGGUCUGGAUUACACCUGUGAGUGCACGGCCGGCUAUCGGGGAGACGGCAGAGACUGCGUGGACGUCGACGAGUGUGCGGAGAGCCUCAGCAGAUGCGGCCACCGCUCCGUGUGCAUCAACUCUCCGGGCAGCUACAGGUGCGAGUGCCCCAGUGGGUACCAGCUGGCAGUCGACAGGCCUGUGUGUGUGCCAAUCCCCCCACCGUCCAACCCCUGCGAAGACGGCAGCCACACCUGUGCUUCGGCAGACCGCGCCCGCUGCGUUCACCAUGGAGGUGGCUCGUUCAGCUGCGUGUGCCUCGCGGGUUAUACGGGCAACGGGCAUAAUUGCUCUGAUGUGGAUGAAUGCGCCGAAGGCAGAUGUCACCAAGCCGCCGCGUGCUACAACACGCCCGGCUCCUUUUCGUGCCGCUGUAAACCAGGCUACCAAGGGGAUGGCUUCCACUGCACACCUGAGCCCACCCAGAGACCGCAGACCAUGUGUGAACGCUGGCGGCAAAGCCUCCUGGAGCACUACGGUGGCAGGCCACGCGAAGACCAGUACGUACCCCAGUGUGAUGCUCUGGGCAACUUUAACCCACUGCAGUGCCAUGGCAACAGUGGCUAUUGUUGGUGCGUGGAUGAAAGUGGCAGAGAGGUUCAAGGAACGAGAUCGGAACCUGGCGUCCCCCCGCCGUGUCUCCCCAGCCUUGCUCCUCCCACUGUCCAGCCCUCUCCGCGUCCUGAUGUGACUCCGCCGGCUGCGGGCACCUUCCUGCUGUAUGCUCAGGGACAGCAAAUAGGCUAUUUACCGCUGAACGGCACAAGGCUUCAGAAAGAGAUGGCAAAGACCCUGCUCUCACUGCAUGGUUCCAUAGUGGUUGGACUAGAUUAUGAUUGUCGGGAAAAAAUGGUCUAUUGGACAGACGUUGCUGGUCGGACAGUUAACCGAGCAAGUUUAGAACCAGGGGCUGAACCUGAAACCAUUAUUAACUCAGGCCUGAUGAGUCCCGAAGGACUCACCAUCGACCACUUCCGCAGAACCAUGUUUUGGACAGAUAGCGGCCUGGACAAAAUUGAGCGUGCAAGAUUGGAUGGUUCAGAGCGGCGAGUUCUGUUUGAUACAGACCUUGUGAAUCCUCGUGCAAUUGCUGUGGACGCAAUUAGAGGCAACCUUUACUGGACUGACUGGAACCGUGAAGCACCUAAAAUUGAAACCUCAACCGUAGAUGGAGCUAACAGAAGGAUUCUGGUGAAUAAAGACAUCGGCUUACCAAAUGGCUUGACGUUUGACCCUUUCUCCAAACUGAUUUGCUGGGCAGACGCAGGUACCAAGAAGCUGGAGUGCACGUUACCAGAUGGAACAGGAAGGCGUGUCAUUCAGAAUAACCUCAACUACCCCUUCAGCAUUGUUAGUUAUGCCAAUCACUUUUAUCACACUGACUGGAGAAGGGAUGGUGUUAUAGCUGUGAAUAAAGACAAUGGCUUCCUUACGGAUGAGUAUCUUCCAGAGCAGAGAUCACAUCUCUAUGGAAUAACUGCAGUUUACCCAUACUGCCCAGGAGCAAGAAAAUAAUCAGCUACUUCACAUAAAAGAAGUUCAAUCUUUACACCUGGAGGAAGAAUUCCAGACCCAGAAAAUGAUCACCACAUACAGUUGAGGGGAAGAAAGUCUGCAAAAAGAGGCCAUUGAUAUUUACUAAAGAUAACGAAGUGAUCUAUUUUAGUGCAAAAGAUUAUCAAGUAUUUAAGUUAUACCUCAAUCUUUACUACUGUAUUUUUUUAAAAAGACAUUUUGAUAUAUUGCAAGAAAAUAUAAUGGCUCUGGGAAUACUAUGCCAUUCCUCUAAUUUUUGCUUAUGUAAGCAAUUUUUAAAAAAAGUCUUAAUGUAACUUUCUUAAACCAUUGUUUUAUUUUAUGGGAAGGAAUUAAAAACACAAAUCGACAAUCUGACCAAUAGGUUCUUUUUAGCUAAAAAGUUAAAUGUGUAUGGAAAGAUUUUAAUGCAAUGUCUUACUGGAGUCAAUUAAUCUACAGCCCUGAUUUUGAGUAUUUAGGAAAUUAUGCCAAACUGUCAUGGGAAAUGGCAAAUGCAUUAAAGAUUUUCCAACAUACAGUUCUAGAUAUAUCUUUCCCUCUGCCUCAAUGCAUGUCUUUUAGUAUUUAUAUUAGAAUAUGCUAACUUGAUGGUCCUUAAGUGCCUCCAGAGACCUACCCAUUACUGACCAAUACAUGUUCGUAAAUACCUGUUAAACUGUAAUGUCUCACUUUUUCUAGGUUACUUCAGUAAUAAAUAAAGGGUUUGUUUUGAAUUUUC